CUGGAGGAGCUGUGCUGCUGCAGAGGUGCUUGGGGGGUGGGUGAGGCCAGGGUCACAGGCAGGGAGGAGGUGGCUGCAGAGGGUGCAUCGACAAGAUGGGGUAGAAAAGUGUUCCUGCUGUCCCUUGACAUGGAUCUCUGCAAAGACUGAGGGGCCUUUGCCCAGAUACCAGGAUUGAGCUGUUUGUAGUCUUGUGGCUCCUGAGAGAAGCCUGGUGUGGAGCAGGACGUGUUUUUCCCAGCUGAGUGGCCCGGGAAGCAGGUGGCCUGGAGUGAUCUUUGUGCUGGUGGUGGGCAAGAGACAGGAGCUGUCAGGGAACACUGAGGGUCACAUUUCCAUGGAAGUGGCUGUGCUGGCUGUGUAAGCACUUAAGAGGAUGUUGGGGUCCACAGCACAGCCCCAUCAGUGUGAGGAUGUGGAGCUGGUGGAAUCUCCUGGGUCUUUUUCCUUGUGGCGGUCACCCACAUCUCAGGUGCCAUGGCCAGACUUGCUGUGCCCCGAUGGGGCCUUUGGGCACAGGGAUCCCAUUCAUCUGCUCUGGGCAGUCUGUGCUUCUGAGGCACUGAUUCUUGUCUUCUCUCCCUCUUCACAGUCCCGGGUCCAGGCAGCAUUGCUGAAUCAGCUGUUUGCAAUUUCAGAACCUGGAGACACUGUCAAGGUCACCUGCUCUGGGAUUAGCUGGCCUUACACUGCCUGGUACCAGCAGAAGGUCCCUGGCAGUGCCCCUGUCACUGUGAUCUAUGUUAAUAGCAAGAGACCCUCAGACAUCCCUUCACGAUUCUCCGGAUCCAAGUCCGGCUCCACGGGCACAUUAACCAUCACUGGGGUCCAAGCCGAGGACGAGGCUGUCUAUUUCUGUGGUAGCUACGACAGCAGUGGUACUGGUAUAUUUGGGGCCGGGACCAUGUUGACCGUCAAAGGCGAUGGUUCCCUGGUCCAGGCAGCACCACUGAGUCAGCCGUCCUCAUUGUCAGCCAAGGUGGGAGAAACCAUCAAGAUCACCUGCUCCGGUGGCAAUGGUAACUAUGGCUGGUUCCAGCAGAAGGUCCCUGGCAGUGCCCCUGUCACUGUGAUCUGGUACAACAACAACAGACCCUCGGACAUCCAUUCGCGAUUCUCUGGAUCCACAUCCGGCAACACGGGCACAUUAACCAUCACUGGGGUCCAAGCUGAGGAUGAGGCUGUCUAUUUCUGUGGGAACUAUGACAGCAAUGCUGGUUUUGUGGUCCAGGCGCCAUCACUGAGUCAGCUGUCCUCAUUGUUAGCCAAGGUGGGAGAAACCAUCAAGAUCACCUGCUCAGGAAGCAACAACGAGUAUGGCUGGUACCAGCAGAAGGUCCCUGGCAGUGCCCCUGUCACUGUGAUCUAUGAUAACAGCGGGAGACCCUUGGACAUCCCUUCACGAUUCUCUGGAUCCAUAUCUGGCAACACAAACACAUUAACCAUCACUGGGGUCCAAGUUGAGGACGAGGCUGUCUAUUUCUGUGGUAGCUACGACGGCAGUGCUGAUACAUUUGGGGCCGGGACCAUGUUGACCGUCAAAGGCGAUGGCCAGCCUGAGGUCACUCCCUCCCUCUACGUCUUCCAGCCGCCCUCCGAGCCGAUCUUGAAGGAGAACAAAGCCAUUCUGGUGUGUCUGGUGCAGGGCUUCUAUCCUGAGCAUGUGGAUGUGGAAUGGGUGGCUGAUGGCACCCUCCUCACAAACAACGUGCAGACCAGUCCACCCGUGCGGCAGAACGACAGCAAGUACAUGACCAGCAGCUACCUGACACUGGAUGCCAGCCAGUGGCAAAAUUACAGCACAUACUCCUGCAAGGUCAAGCACGAGGCUGGCAAUGUGGAGAAGACAGUGAACAGAUCCUAUUUCCCCCCCUUCCACUGUGAGGAGGGAAGAAAAUGCCAUAGUCAGGGGCCUCCCAAUUUUCGGGAUUUCUCUCGACCAUCAGGCUCAUUGAGGGGUCAGGGCCGGCUGCUGUGCCACACCUGGCCCCUUGGCCAGGACCAGGGGGGAAGAACCCCCAGUCUCUCUCUCUAUCUCAUGGCAUCUCUCCAAUUCCAGCUACGCAAACAAGCUUCUUUUCCAGCUUGUGUAAUAUGUCGUUUACACAGAGGUGCAUCAAGUUGUGACUGGCUCAGCGGAGGCAUAAAAGGGACUCAAGGUUCACGGCACAGCCCCACCACUGGGGAGACGUGGAGCUGGUGGGAUCACACCAUGGCCUGGGUCCCUCUCCUCCUCGCGGUGCUCGCCCACACCUCAGGUUCUCUGGUCCAGGCAGCGCUGACUCAACCGUCCUGAUUGUCUUACAGGGUGGGAGACACCGUCAACAUCACCUGCUCUGGGAGCAGCUACAACUGGUAUGGCUGGUACCAGCAGAAGGUCCCUGGCAGUGCCCUUGUAACUGUGAUCUAUGCUAAUAACAGCAGACCCUUGAACAUCCCUUCGCGAUUCUCCGGAUCCUUGUUGGACUCCACGGGCACAUUAACCAUCACUGGGGUCCAAGCCGAGGACGAGGCUGUCUAUUUCUGUGGUGAUUGGGAUGUAUUCGGGGUUGGGACCCAUGUGACCGUUAUAAGCCAGCCUGAGGUCGCUCCCUCCCUCUACGUCUUCCAACCGUCCUCCGAGCAGAUCUUGAAGGAGAACAAAGCCAUUCUGGUGUGUCUGAUAGAGGGCUUCUACCCCAAGCGUGUGGAUGUGGAAUGGGUGGCUGAUGGCACCCUCCUCACAAAUAACGUGCAGACCAGUCCACCCGUGCGGCAGAACGACAGCAAGUACAUGACCAGCAGCUACCUGACACUGGAUGCCAGCCAGUGGCAAAAUUACAGCACAUACGUCUGCAAGGUCAAGCACGAGGCUGGCAAUGUGGAGAAGACAGUGAACAGAUCCGAGUACCCCUAAGCCCGCUGGGACCUCCUCGCACCCACUGGCCCUUUGCUGGCUCCCUCCCUCCUCCCCACUUCUGGGGACAGCGGCUCCUCCCAGCCACACACCUCGCUCCCCAUGUACCCCUGUCCCCUGCUCCUGUCCCCCCACUCUGAGUGUCAGACAAAUAAAAACCGACACUGAACUAGUGCUGGCUCAGCA